UCAAUUGGAAAUGAGUUAUGUUCCUUUACUUGAGCAUCCUUUAGGCGUCACGUCCUGAAGUAUACUGUCGAAUGGAUGGGUUAUGACUUAUGAUGAUCCUACCAAAGAACCGGCAGCGUAUUUGGAACACGCCCAAGAGAUAUUGCAAACUAUCGCCGCCGCUGCCCCCAUAAGCCUGGACCUGGUCUCGAUGGAGCUCGGCCUUGAGGAGGGGAGUACUGUCACAGUGCCAGUCUGAUGACACCAUAGCCAUACGCUUUAGAUGGCUAAGCACUCAUUCUAUCAUAACGGUAUUUAUAGCUAUCAAUAUCACCCUCUUUUGUGUAAUUCAAAUUCCUCGCCUAUAGCCU